AUGGCAACCACCACACCUUUCGCCUACACGAGCCUCGAAGAGAUCGAGCAGAUUCACGCCGAAUUGAAGGCGGGAUUCAAGACUGGCCAGACCAAGUCCAUUGCUUUCAGGAAGUACCAGCUGUUGCAACUUGCGUAUCUUCUCCAGGACAAUGCGAAAGCCCUCGAGGAGGCGCUGACCAAGGAUUUGGGACGCCCGCCGCUAGAGAGUGUUAUGAUGGAAAUUGGCGCCUCCAUUUCUGAACUCAUGGAAGCGUACAAAAACGUCGACAAGUGGGCAGCACCAGAGAAGCCUUCGCGGACGCUCAACUUCAUGUUCAUGAACCCGGUUACCUACAAGGAGCCGAAAGGCGUCGUCCUCAUCAUCUCCCCCUUCAAUUACCCUCUGUGGCUUAUCAUGUCUCCCCUGGCUGGUGCUAUUGCUGCAGGGAACACAGUCGUAAUCAAACCGGCAGAGGGUUGUCCGGCAAUCGCAGCUCUCUUGACCGAGCAACUCCCCAAGUAUAUUGAUCCCUCGUUUAUCAGGAUCGUCAAUGGCUCUGUAGCGGAAACAACUAAGUUGCUUGAUCUUCCCUGGGGCCAUAUCCUCUACACGGGCAGUGGUCGUGUAGGAAAGAUCGUUGCUGCGGCCGCGGUCAAACACUUGACUCCAGUAACACUCGAGCUCGGUGGAAAGUGCCCUGUCUUCAUAGACCCCGCAUCAGACCUCAAGCUUGCCGCAAAGCGUAUUGUUUGGGGCAAAUUCACCAACGCCGGCCAAACCUGUGUUGCGCCAGACUAUAUCCUCGUCCCCAAAGAGGCCCAGGAGAAAUUCGUGAAAGAGCUGAAGACCGUAUACGCAGAAUUCUACCCAGAAACGGCAGAAUCACCCCCUCGACCAGCCCAGAAUACCUCCAAGAUGAUCAACCAAGCUGCUUGGAAGCGCGUUAACGGUCUCCUGCAGGCCAGCAAGGGCACCAUCGUUUGUGGCGGGGAAGGAGCGGACGAAGACAAGAAAUUCAUUCCUCCCACUAUCCUGCAGGACGUGACUUUCGAGGACUCACUGAUGAGCGAGGAAAUCUUUGGGCCCGUGCUGCCGAUCAUCCCUGUGGAAAACCUCGACACGGGUAUCGCCUACGUAAACGCGAAUGAUCAUCCCCUGGCUCUAUACGUUUUCACCCAGAACGAUGCCCUCAAAAAGAAGAUUUUCAGCAGCACAUUGAGUGGCUCAGCGGUCGCAAAUGAAACUAUUAUUAUUCCGGGUGUGUCUGGGCUUCCAUUUGGCGGUGUUGGUGGAAGUGGAUACGGCGGCUACCACACUGGCAAGUACGGCUUUGAAAUCUUCACCCACUUGCGCGCCAGCAUCGACACACCAAGCUGGAUCGACAAGCUGUUGGGCGUCCGAUACCCGCCUUACACCGACAAGAACCUGGACUUCAUUAAGAAGAAUCUUAGCCAAAAGCUUCCCUCCAGGCCGCGGGCUCCUCCCAGCGGUACCACGGCCUCCAGUGGCGCACGAAAAUGGUUUUUACUUGCGCUUGCUGUGGCUGUUGUUGGUGCGCUGACAAGAAUGAAGAGCCGAGUAGGUGCGAUUCGUGCCUGA